AUGGCGCUCUCCCGCCGCCUUCCCCUCCUCCUCCUCCUCUCCCUCGUCGCCGCCAUGACGGCGGUCACCGGCACCGCCCCCGAGGUCAUCGUGACCAAGUGCUACCCGCCGCCGACGCCCACCGUCAACGGCAGCGGCGGUCUCCUCCCGCUCCUCGACGCCCUCCCCUCGGCCGCCGCGCGGACGGGCUUCGCCUCGCUGGGGGCCGGCGGCGCGCUCGCCCGCGGCUUCUGCUUCGGCGACCCCGCGCCCGACCCGUGCCUCCGCUGCCUGUCCGACGCCGGCAGAAAGAUCACCGGCCAGUGCGGCGACGCCAGCCGGCGCGCGGGCUUCCUGAACGAUGGCUGCUUUCUGGGCUACGCCGACACCAACGCUUCCUCCUCCGCCCGCGCGGACGACGACAUCGGCGCGGUGACCUUCUCCGGGGACGCCGUCCCGCGCCUCGACGACGCCGACGUGCAGAAGCUCGUGACCGUGGCGCAGUCCCUGGUCCCGCGGUCCGCGAACGGUCAGCUGCCCGCCGUCAACGCGACCGCCACGGCGAGCAACGGCGACACGGUGCGCGUGCUGGCACAGUGCGCGACGGACCGCGCCGCGACGGAGUGCGCCCGGUGCCUGCGGGACUCGGCGCUGCAGAUGGCCAGGAGCUGGGGGGCCGCCGCCGGCGCCGUGCAAGGAAGCGUGGCCGCUGUCCUCGGUUCCAACUGCUACCUUCGCUUCGAGAUAUCGGCACCGCCGCUGCCCCUGGGAGAGCAGACCCGGAGGAUGAUAAAGGAGAACGUCGCCCUGACGGUGUGCAUUGCCAUCAUCUUCCUCCUAGUCGUAGCUGUCAUGGCGCUGGCAGCUUGCGUAGUCGGCAUGAGGAUGGGGAUACAGGCCUGGAAUGCGGCCGUGGCAGCGGCGGCGGCGGCGCAAGGGAAUUAGCCAUGACCGAGGGACGAGGAAGACCCAAUAGCAAGUCGGCUGCAGGCAGGACAUGAGAGAAGUUCCGCGGACGAACACCCUGCGGUCAGGAGCACAUGACUAGCUAGGCUAGGGUAGUGUUAUGCUCUUACUGAUCUAUUCUGUUGUAUGCAUUUGGAUGCUUGGUAGUGCUAUUGCUCUGUUCCGUGAUCGAUCUCCCA